GGCGAUUAGAGGAUGAAUUACAGAAUUGACUCUUUAUGACGGCUCGAUGACGACGUAACCUCGUUUUCUUCGAUCAAACUAGUACUGGAUCAUAACUCGUUCAUUAAUUGAAUGAGAUCGGACGCAUUCAUGUCAUCACAACCCGUGACUACCGCAAAUGGAAAGCAAAGACGUGUUCCGAGUUUUCUAACGCACGACAUGGACAAGGGGACGCCGUGUCUGAAGUGCGGAGACCAAUGUCCUGGCUUCGCGUUGCAUUACUGGAGGAAAAUAUGCCGCCAUUGCAAGUGUCCGAGGGAAGACCAUUGCAUUCUGGGAACUAAACAGGAGAAAACCGUGAAUAAAAUGAUGUACGGUGAAUUCCCAAGGAAUUCUACGUCAGAUGAUGACAGUGGAUGUGCUCUGGAGGAGUACACAUGGGUACCUCCGGGACUAAAACCCGAACAGGUACAUCAUUACUUUACAUCACUACCUGAAGAUAAAAUACCGUAUGUGAACAGCGAAGGGGAGAAAUACCGAAUAAAGUUGCUGUUACAACAGCUGCCUCCCCAUGACAACGAGGUACGCUAUUGCAAUGGGUUGAGCGAUGAAGAGAAGCGUGAGCUACGACAGUUCAGCCAACAAAGGAAACGAGAAGCACUAGGGAGAGGAACUGUACGAAGUAUCCCAAUAACUGUAUCAGGUUCUGUGUGUUAUCAUUGUGGAUCAUAUAUGGAUGGUGGUAGUGUUGCCGUGUUUGCUUCAAGAGCUGGUCAUAACGUCUGCUGGCACCCGGCCUGCUUCGUUUGUUGCGCCUGCGAUGAGCUCCUGGUGGAUCUUAUUUACUUCUGGAAGGACGGCAAGGUGCACUGCGGUCGUCAUCAUGCGGAGACGCUGAAACCACGAUGUGCAGCCUGUGAUGAAAUCAUAUUUGCUGACGAAUGCACCGAGGCUGAGGGGAGAAGCUGGCAUAUGAAACAUUUCUGCUGUUUUGAAUGCGAUGAACAAUUGGGAGGAAACCGAUACAUCAUGCGAGAAGGACGGCCGUAUUGUUGUCGCUGUUUUGAAAGUAUGUUUGCUCAGUACUGCGAUGGGUGCGGGGAUCCGAUUGGAGUUGAUCAGGGUCAGAUGACGCAUGAAGGACAGCAUUGGCACGCUACAGACAAAUGUUUCUGUUGCAAUACUUGUGGAGUAUCUUUACUUGGAAAACCAUUUUUACCCAAGCACGGACUCAUAUACUGUUCUGGCGCUUGUAGCCGAGGGGAACAGCGUUCGGCAGAGAAGGAGAAUAUUCCAGAUAACGAAGUGACUAUGGCAACGUAUGCGUCAAAUAUAACCGAACUACCUUCUCACAGUCGCAGUAGGACUCCUAUCUCGCUUUGUGACAUUAAUCUUGAUAAUUUACCUCCACCGCCAGUUGAACCUGAGCGAGAAAGAAAAGCACGCCGCCAGCACCUAUCCAGGUUCUCACUGCCAGAUUUACGGAAAGAUGGUAACAGUAAUAAUAACGAAAAACGAAAAAGCAGUUUAGUGUCUGUUAGUAGGCGGAGAAAUGGCUCCACGCGCAGUUUGAAUGUUCAUUUCGACCACAAAGUAGAUCCAUUUGCUCAGCGAUUUGAUCCUCGGCACGCGAGACAUUCAUACGCUGCAGCUAGGUCUACCAAUGAGCUUUUAACGAAAACAAACACAAUAGGUGGAUCCUCGUCCUCGUCAUCCUCUUCCUCAAAAUCGAAAAAUGAGCGGCCACCAGAUUAUGAUCCAAUACGCAAUCCAUAUCCUCGGAAACACAAGACAGAUGAUUCUGGACAUCAUGGAACAUUUCCAAGGAACAGGACUUCUCGACCAGAAAUCUACUUUCGAGGGGCACCCGGAGAGACAAUGGAAGGUCGAAAUGCAAGGUCAGAACUUCAGUUAGAAGGAAGCGAUGUGGAUACAUACCUUCACAGACGACAUGCACGGGAAAGGGGAUUGUCUACGAGUAGUUCCUCGUCUUCAGAUGAUGAUGAUUUCUUUAACCGUGUGCCACGUCGCCCCGGAGUUAAACUGAUGUAUGUUGACCGGAGUAGCAUGUAUGGCACAACGGCCUCACUUCCGACACAGGGAAUGAACCGACAGCAAAAAAAGGGGAAAAAGAAAAAGAAGGGAAAGUGUGUAGUGUCGUAACAACUUGGUCUCUAUUGAUUUCUCAGUGCCAAGUUAACAGUAUUGUUUCCCCCACUGUGAUUGCUCCACUACGGUCACUGUUGUUGUACAACUUUGUGGUGGGAUGCAAUAAAAUGCAACUUUUAAUAACAAACAAUCAUAUCAAUUUGAACUGCUAAAAAUAU